GCGGUCCGGCUGCGGCGGCCAUCGCGGAAGGACGCGGGCUCCGCUCGGCUCGGCGGGCGCCGGGGCGCGGCUAGCCCCGGAUCCCUACCUGCGCAGACACCGAGUCCACGAGUAAGCUGAGUGCACUCACCAAGAAGAGAAGCAAGGACAAAGUCACCAUGGCUUCAGUGUCUACUCACGGAAACCAAGAUAAAGGCCACCAUUUGCCACCACCAAGCAAGCAGAGUCUGUUAUUUUGUCCAAAAUCAAAACUGCACAUCCACAGAGGAGAGAUUUCGAAGAUUAUCCGAGAAUGUCAAGAAGAAAGUUUCUGGAAGAGAGCUCUGCCUUUUUCUCUUGUGAGUAUGCUUGCCACCCAAGGACUAGUCCACCAAGGUUAUUUAGCAUCUAACCCAAGAUUUGGAUCAUUGCCCAAGGUUGCGUUUGCAGGUAUCUUGGGAUUUGCCCUUGGAAAGGCGUCAUACAUACGAGUAUGCCAGAGUAAAUUCCAUUCUGUUGAAGAUCAGCUACGUGGGGCUGGUUUUGGUCCAGGGCAUAACAGGCACUGCCUGCUCACCUGUGAGGAAUGCAAAAUUAAGCAUGGAUUAAAUGAGAAGGGAAGUUCACAGCCUUCGGCUUCCUAAACUUGUACCUGUGGCUUUUGAUGUUUCUUAAACCUCUGAGCUUGGACACAUUUAAAAUUUCAAGUGUACUUUAAAAUAAUAUAAGUAUAGUGGCACAGAAACAUUGUGAUUCUCUCACUCUUUUGAAAUGCUUUCUGUGGAAUAUCCUCUGUUGAAUUGAGCAGUGUAUGUUUGUCUGCUAUUUGAGAACAUGUCCGGAGCAGUCACACACCAAAAAAGAAAUUAUGUGGCACUCCUUAACUUGCUUACAGCUAAGUUGAAAAAACAUAGAGUCUUCUCUGAUCCAUUCUUUCACUCUGCAUUUGUUCAGGGUUUUAAGAUCUCUGCUAGAGGAUGGGAAUGAAUGUUGCAGAACUUGGGAAGUCAUGCCCCACAGAAAACCAAUGUGUAUAGAGGUAGAAACAAAGGGCAAGAAAGAUUGUAUCUUAUAAGCUUGAGAAGUAUUUACUAAAAUGUAGGGACCAAGAUUUUUAAUUUAAUAAAAAAAUAUUUCCCUUAAAA